CAAACACACACCUUACCACUGCUAUGACAACGCCAGCUUUCUGAACAUAAAGAUGGCGGCUACUGGUGAGGAAGCUAGUAACAGCGCUGCAGACACUAUAGUCACCGAGUAUGCCACGUAUGAGGAUUACCUGGACUCUCAAAUAACACCAACUGAUCUGUUCUACCUGGAGGACGAGGAACUAGCACGUCAGCUAGUGGAGCUAGGAUAUCGUGGAUCAGGGGAAGUGCUCAAGAGAGAAGACUUUGAGCUCAGGAAAGAAGCGGCUGCAGCCAGUAAGCUAGCACGUCGAGACCAGCUGAGAGUGUUGUGCAGUGCUGGGAAGGACCUGCAAGGAUCAGUGUUCCUGGAGGGGCUGGCUCAGAGGGAAGAGACUAACAGAAACGGGAAAAUUUCAUCAAUUAUAUUUAUUCGGGACAAGAAUGCCAAGGGUCAGGAGAUAUCAGGAUACAUUGAUUACGCACAUCGACUCAAGGUGGAUGAUUUUGACCCCAUAUUCUCGUCACGGAAGAAGCUGCUCCCUAGACACAGUGACUUGAGCUUCUAUAACUGGGACACUAAUUUCUCCUCGUCCAACUCCACUCCUAAUUAUCAGGUGAUUGCAGACAACGCCUCAGGUCUGCUGUUUAAGAAUAAACGAGACAGAAAGAUUAUUAACGUUGACCCAAAGGCAACCAGUUGCGGGGACAACACGACGCGUACCAACGUACAAACGUCCAAGUACACUCAAGUGGUUAUAUUCGAUCAUGUCACUAGAAGAAAAGCAUAAACUGAACAUUCACCAGGUACCAGGUACCCUGUACCCUGUACUCUGCACCCUGUACUAUACACAGUCAGUUGUUUGUUAUGUAAAAGCUCUUAUUAUAAAUUAUUUCACAUGUACUGUUGGCAUCAUUUUCACUUCCUAUAAUUAUAAUUGCUACUAUUUUUAAAAUUUUUUUAAAAUUAAUUGACUCAAAGUGUUAAAAAUGCA